AUGCCCGUCUACCGCCUGUUUAGAAUGGACGGUGUGGUGGGAGGAGGGGGGGAGGGAGGGGCGGAGCAGGGAGAUGCGAUGCGAAUGCCCGUCCACCGCCUGUUGGGGAUGGAUGGACGGUGGGGGGUGAGGAGGGGGGGAUGGAGCAGGGAUAGAUGCCCGUCCACCACCUGCUUAGAAUGGAUGGAGGGUGGGGAGGAGCGAGGGAUGGAGGGUGGGGAGGAGCGAGGGAUGGAGGGUGGGGAGGAGCGAGGGAUGGAGGGUGGGGAGGAGGGAGGGAUGGAGGGUGGGGAGGAGGGAGGGAUGGAGGGUGGGGAGGAGCGAGGGAUGGAGGGUGGGGAGGAGCGAGGGAUGGAGGGUGGGGAGGAGCGAGGGAUGGAGGGUGGGGAGGAGCGAGGGAUGGAGGGUGGGGAGGAGCGAGGGAUGGAGGGUGGGGAGGAGGGAGGGAUGGAGGGUGGGGAGGAGCGAGGGAUGGAGGGUGGGGAGGAGCGAGGGAUGGAGGGUGGGGAGGAGGGAGGGAUGGAGGGUGGGGAGGAGCGAGGGUUGGAGGGUGGGGAGGAGGGAGGGAUGGAGGGUGGGGAGGAGCGAGGGAUGGAGGGUGGGGAGGAGCGAGGGAUGGAGGGUGGGGAGGAGCGAGGGAUGGAGGGUGGGGAGGAGGGAGGGAUGGAGGGUGGGGAUGAGCGAGGGAUAUUGGAAGAUGGGUGCUCUGCUGCUGGUGCACCAUCAUCAGCCACAGAGACGGCAGUGUAA